GUCGAGGACAACAGGGUAUAAAUCCCAUAGGGGGUGAGAUGCUAUCCAACCACUGACAGGGACCUGCUGGAGAUGCACUCAAUGGACACGAUGGGACCACAGACCUUCUCGGUGCUGCUCUGCACCCUUCUGAUGGCUUCAGUGAAUUGUGCAAAGCCAAAAAUGGAAAUCAUUCCAUCCAAUGGAGAGAUAUACUUAGGAGAAAGCAAAUACUUCAUAUGCAAAGUUUCUAGUGACGCGGCUCUGAAAUGGCUGACGUCAGAUGAUGAGGAAAUUGAAGAUGAGCCAGGAAGGUAUCAGCUGAAGACUUUAGAUGAAACCACCAUGGGCCUGAGCGUAAUAAAAUUGGGAAUGGAGUCUGACCAGAUCAUCAAGUGUCAAGCAACCUUCGAAUCGGAUGAAACUAUUGAGAAAGAAAUCAUGCUUACUGUUAUAAAGAAGCCCAAAAUUGUAGGAAACUUCGAAACAGUUAAAGAAUUUACAGCCGGCACCACGGCAGAGCUCCGGUGCUCGGCCGAUGGAAUACCCGCACCGAAAGUAUCCUGGCUUCGUGAUGGACAAGCACUGCCUUCUUCUCAAGUUGGUUUAUCCAUCAGACUUGACGGAACCCUGGAGAUAAAGAACAUCCAACUGUCCGACGCUGGGACCUACACCUGCAAAGCAUCCAUCGAGAAGAGAGAUGAGGUGGACACGAAGAAUGUAUCUGUCAUCGUGAAUGCUGCUCCAGUUGUGCGAUUUGAGACUGAUAAUACGAACGCUACCAUCAAAUCCAAUACCUCUCUGACCUGCCUCGUUACUGGAAAUCCCAAGCCCACAGUCACCUGGCACAGGGGAUCAGAACUUCUCCAACACGACGGAGAGAAGUAUAUUCUGAGUUCCAACGGGCGAGAGUUGUCCAUUCUGGACCUGGAAAAAUCCGAUGAAGGGGAAUAUACGUGCAAUGCAACAAAUAGCUUUGGAGAGAACGGCGCUACAUUGGUCCUCGAAGUUCUCAAUCCAGAACCCCAGCAAUUGGGAGUGGGAGUGAUCGCCGGUAUUCUUCUGGUCCUAUUGUUGGCUGUACUGUUGGCCGUUGACCUGACCUGCUAUCGAACCAAACGUCGUGGCUUCCUCAUGUACAUCUCCACCAGCUUAUUAAAAAAGUCCAUCCCUAGAGUGAAGCUCGAGGAGACAGAGUCCAAGAAAGGAUCUGCUGACAAAAGUCAGGUGGUAAACAUCUCAGGAAUUGAUGCCUGACAAGAACGAGAAGAUUUUGGACGGGAAUCGGCACAAAAGUCCAUGUUUAAACAGACAUUAAGCUGGCGAAGCCUCCACUCUCGAUAGAAGCAGAGACUCGAGUGCCUACGAAGUAACACUCUAGAUUGUGCCAUAAACUAGAACGGAAUCUGUAUUUGUUUUUAAAUACAUCUUUUUGAGUUUAGAGAAUCGGAAAAUAAUCCACUAAAAAGGUCAAAAAACGCAAGUACUAUUGGGUAUUUUUAGCGAUCCCGUUACCCAUAUAUAAAAUAUGUACAAAAAAGCUUUAAUAUUCUUAGUAAAAAAAUAUAGGCAGCUAUAGAUCCGCAGAUAAGACAGAGUAAUUAAAAAUAAACUUCAUGAACAUAAAGUUAGAACCACUAAAAUUCAUAAAAAUAUUACGUUGAUAGAAUUUAGGAUUUAGAAGCCGUCUUUAGAUGCAAAUUAAACUGAUGAUAGGUUGGGUCUUAAAGUUCUUGUUAUGACAAGUAUCUGGAGAACAGAUGGUGUCCUUUCUGGUGUGGUCUCCUCGAUGAAGUCCACUAUCGAUGAUACUGGAAGUGGAUCAGCACAGAACCUUGGGGUCUUCUGAUGUCCAUCAUUUUAAUUUGAGAUACAAAUCAAUUACAAAAGGACCAUUCUCUGUAGGAACUAAAACCGUGAUUCCGUGUCAGUGGUCACUGGACCUUUGAGGGACUGCAUGGCCAAACAUUGUCCAUUGAGUAUGUAUAUAUGGAACUUAAUGUAUCGAUUAACUUAACCACAUUCCGAAGCACAUGGAGGUCGUAACCCUCACGAAUAUUACUUUAGGAAUCCACUUUGUCAUGCAGGACCAUGUUGCCUUAACAUCAGUCCUAUCCCCCCAUCUUUAUCUAGACUUAUUUAUCUUCACGAAAUCGUUCAGAUAACUGAAGUCCUUUAGUCUGAAUCCAAUCUGUGUUUUUCUAGAACUGUAUGAUAAUAAAAAUGUACAUAGAGUAUGUAUCGGCGGCUUAUGGGAAAAUCUGAUUGCUUUAAAUAAAGGUGAUUUCUACAAA